CCCACAAGCCCCUCGCCCCAAAUGCUCCCAUCUUGUCCUAGCCCCUCCCCUAGACUCUCCCAAGGACCCACUGCCCUAGGCCCCCACCUCCCCCAGGCUGUGCCCCCGCUGCCCGCAGGAAGACGUCCGCCCCGGGCCGGGCGAGCCCCGUGGGAACAGGGUCUGGUCCGAGCCCCGGUGGGAGGCUCCCGGAGCGCAGCUUGGACCCAGCCCACCGGCGCCGGCGGCCAUGGCGGGCACCUUGGACCUGGACAAGGGCUGCACGGUGGAGGAACUGCUUCGCGGCUGCAUCGAAGCCUUCGAUGACUCCGGGAAGGUGCGGGACCCGCAACUCGUACGCAUGUUCCUUAUGAUGCACCCUUGGUACAUCCCCUCCUCUCAGCUGGCGGCAAAACUGCUCCACAUCUACCAGCAAUCCCGCAAGGACAACUCCAAUUCACUGCAGGUGAAAACGUGUCACCUGGUCAGGUACUGGAUCUCAGCAUUCCCAGCCGAGUUCGACUUGAACCCAGAACUGGCUGAGCAGAUCAAGGAACUGAAGGCUCUGCUAGACCAAGAAGGGAACCGACGGCACAGCAGCCUCAUUGACAUCGAGAGUGUCCCCACCUACAAGUGGAAGCGGCAGGUGACCCAGCGGAACCCUGUGGCCCAGAAGAAGCGCAAGAUGUCCCUGUUGUUCGACCACCUAGAGCCCAUGGAGCUGGCGGAGCAUCUCACUUACUUAGAGUAUCGCUCCUUCUGCAAGAUCCUGUUCCAGGACUACCACAGCUUCGUGACUCACGGCUGCACCGUAGACAACCCGGUCCUGGAGCGCUUCAUCUCCCUCUUCAACAGCGUCUCGCAGUGGGUGCAGCUGAUGGUUCUUAGCAAGCCCACGGCCCCCCAGCGAGCCCUGGUCAUCACACACUUCGUCCACGUGGCAGAGAAGCUGCUGCAGUUGCAAAACUUCAACACGCUGAUGGCGGUGGUCGGGGGCCUGAGUCACAGUUCCAUCUCCCGCCUCAAGGAGACACACAGCCAUGUCAGCCCUGAGACUGUCAAGCUCUGGGAAGGUCUGACAGAAAUAGUGACAGCCACAGGCAAUUAUGGCAACUAUCGACGCCGGCUGGCAGCCUGUGUGGGCUUCCGCUUCCCCAUCCUCGGGGUGCACCUCAAGGACCUGGUCGCCCUGCAGUUGGCGUUGCCUGACUGGCUGGACCCUGCCCGGACCCGGCUCAAUGGGGCCAAGAUGAAGCAGCUUUUCAGCAUCCUGGAGGAGUUGGCCAUGGUGACCAGCCUGCGGCCACCAGUGCAAGCCAAUCCCGACCUGCUGAGCCUGCUCACGGUGUCUCUGGACCAGUACCAGACAGAGGAUGAGUUAUACCAGCUGUCCCUGCAGCGAGAGCCCCGCUGCAAGUCCUCGCCAACCAGCCCCACGAGCUGCACGCCACCGCCUCCCCGGCCCCCGGUGCUAGAGGAAUGGACUGCAGCUGCCAAGCCCAAGCUGGACCAGGCCCUUGUGGCAGAGCACAUCGAGAAGAUGGUGGAGUCUGUGUUCCGGAACUUUGAUGUUGACGGGGAUGGCCACAUCUCACAGGAAGAGUUCCAGAUCAUUCGUGGGAACUUCCCUUACCUCAGCGCCUUUGGGGACCUCGACCAGAACCAGGAUGGCUGCAUCAGCAGGGAGGAGAUGGUCUCCUACUUCCUGCGCUCCAGCUCGGUGCUGGGCAGCCGCAUGGGCUUUGUACACAACUUCCAGGAGAGCAACUCCCUGCGGCCUGUCGCCUGCCGCCACUGCAAGGCCCUGAUCCUAGGUAUCUACAAGCAGGGCCUCAAAUGCCGAGCCUGUGGUGUGAACUGCCACAAACAGUGCAAGGACCGCCUCUCCGUCGAGUGCCGGCGCAGGGCCCAGAGUGUGAGCCUGGAGGGGUCUGCACCUUCACCCUCACCCACACACACCCACCACCGCGCCUUCAGCUUCUCCCUGCCUCGUCCGGGCAGGCGAGGCUCCCGGCCUCCAGAGAUCCGAGAGGAGGAGGUACAGACGGUGGAGGAGGGAGUGUUUGACAUCCACCUGUAAUGGGCUGUAACAGAGGCUGUGACUGGAUCCAGGACGCAUGCCUGCUGUGGAGAAAAGACUUGGACCAGAGCAGGGAGCCUGGGGGUGCGGGGCAGGAAGCUGGGGCUGGGGCAGGGGGGUGGGGUGGCAUGUGGCUGAGGGCAGGGCCAGGGCUGGUGUCCCUAAGGUUGUACAGACUCAUGUGAAUAUUUCUAUGUUCCAGAUGGAAUAAAAAGGCCCGUGUACUUACCCUGCA